GCCACAAGCAUGAAAAUCCUGCUUCGCCCGACGGAAGGACAAUAACCGUGCGGCGCUCGGCUAGAGAUUCUGCUGCCAGCCGGAACGAUUAAGACAUUACCAAACCCCAUCAUCCCCCGAAAUCCACCAUCCACCCACCGACCUUCAAGGAUCAUUCUCGCUGCAACGCUGUUCGGCAUUCCAACCGCAGAGAGUGUAGUACGAGAGAAAGUGGAAGCGAGGGUGGGACUGAAGUCCAGUCCAUCUCGUUUCGGGAUUUUCAUACCCUAGUUCACAGUGCCUUUCUUGUCGUUCGCGGGAGCGGUAGCGUCUCGUUGUCGUCGUCGUCAUCGUCGUCGAUGUUUCUCGCUCUGAACGGUUCCUUCGAGCAUCAGGCGGGACGCGUUGGGAUCGUGAAACGUGAAAACCGGAACAACGCACGCUGGUUAAAAGAUUCAACUCGCGAGUUUUAAAGUGAUACACGAGUGCCACUUGAUUCAUCCACCCGCGCGCGCGUUAUGUGUAAGUGGGUCUUUGUGAUGAUGUGCCCUCGAAAAACCGUAAAAGCUUAAAUUUUUUGAAUGAGUUCUUGUUAUUUCCACGAAUAUCUCACUGCGCCACAGGAGUUUUAAGGAAAUUUGUAUACCAAUUUCGUUAUAAGUUAUGUUAAGUGGUGUAGUGAAACACAAAGUUUGAGAUUAUUAUAUAUUAGUGUUAUUGUUUGUAAUGAAAAUUCAAUUCGAAGUCUGUGUCAAAGUGCUGUUAUUCUCGUAAAUCAGUGCCAUAUCCAGCAAGCCAAAUAAAAAAAGAAGAGAGAGAAGAAAAAUGCGGAGAAGUGUGAAUAGUUUAUCUCCCAUAACCCCGUUGCCGAGCACACCACCGCCGCCUAUGCGGACCUCACCGCUGGGAGGCGCUACGCCUCCCAGGCAAUCACCCCCGGGAUCAAUGAACAUGCCAAAUUCGGCCUCCCGACCAACUCUCAGCAUAAGUAACAUGUCCAGCAAUCGCUGCAGCAGUCUGCUGGAUGCGGAUGACAUUACCCCGAUAACCUCGCCUCUGCCAAAUAUCCUCUGCCCGCAGGAGAUUUACACCAUCUUCAGCCGAACGGACGAUCCGGAUGCGACCGGUACCAAUCUCGCUUCCGAGUCGUCCCGUCUGACGGCCAUCAAUCAUCGGAACUCGAUCUUCCUGCCCAAUAGUGUCAGUUCCAACAGCAACAGCAACCCAGCGACAGGAGCCGCCAGCAGUAAGUCUCGAUCCCGCCGAUCGUCGGUGCUGUCACAGAACAACCGCAGCGAUCGGUCGGCAUCUGCGUCGAUGAAGUCAUCCAAAAGCUCGUCGAUUCGGCGGAAACGCAGUUCGACACACAUCGAGAUGAACGCAACCAUGGAACGGCCGCGCUGCCUGAAGUCGUCCUUUCUGAGGCGCAAAUGUAAAGAGUAUGCAGAUGACGAUGAUGCCACCACCUCCGGAGUGACGUUGGACGACUCCGAUAAGCGGGUGAUACUGCUGAACCAGAGCCAGCGACAAAAGUACUGCAACAAUCAUAUCUCGACGGCAAAGUAUAGCGCAAUAAGUUUUAUACCAUCGUUUUUGUUCGAACAGUUCCGCCGGUAUUCGAACUGCUUCUUCCUGUUCAUCGCCCUACUGCAGCAGAUCCCGGAUGUGUCGCCAACUGGUCGGUACACCACCCUUGUACCGCUGAUAUUCAUCCUAUCCGUGAGUGCUAUCAAGGAGAUCGUGGAGGAUAUCAAGCGACACCGGGCCGACGAUGAGAUCAACCAUCGCGAGAUCGAAACCCUCCAGGGUGGGCAGUGGCGGUGGAUCAAGUGGAAGGAGCUGUCAGUGGGGGACAUCGUCAAGGUGCAGAACAAUACCUUCUUCCCGGCCGAUCUGGUGCUGCUGUCCUCGAGCGAACCGCAGGGCAUAUCAUUCAUCGAGACGUCCAACCUGGACGGCGAGACGAAUCUCAAGAUUCGUCAGGGCGUUCCCGCCACGGCCAAAAUCCUCGAAACCAAAGAUUUUAUUCAGUUUUCCGGCACGCUGGAAAGCGAACCCCCCAACCGGCACCUAUACGAGUUCAACGGGGUGCUGAAGGAGACGGGGAAGCCCGCCGUGGCGCUCGGUCCGGACCAGCUGCUGCUACGAGGCGCGAUGCUACGGAACACCUCCUGGGUAUUCGGGAUCGUCAUCUACACCGGGCACGAUACGAAACUUAUGCGAAACUCUACCUCAGCGCCUCUCAAGCGCUCAACUGUUGACAGACUGACAAAUACGCAAAUUUUAAUGUUGUUUUUCAUUCUCAUCUUUCUCUGUAUCGUGAGUUGCAUUUUCAACCAAAUCUGGACUAAAGAGCAUUACAAAACCGAUUGGUACUUAGGCAUAAGCGACCUAUUAAGUAAAAACUUCGCCUACAAUCUUCUAACGUUCAUUAUUUUGUACAAUAAUUUAAUUCCGAUAUCGCUUCAAGUUACGUUAGAAUUAGUUAGGUUUCUGCAGGCAAUCUUCAUUAACAUGGACAUUGACAUGUACCACGAGGAAUCGGACACCCCUGCCAUGGCGCGGACGUCCAACCUGAACGAGGAACUCGGCAUGGUCAAGUACAUCUUCUCGGACAAGACCGGAACGCUAACGCGAAACGUGAUGGAAUUCAAGAAGUGCUCCGUGGCGCGUUCCAUUUACUCGCUGGAGGAAACCCCGGCCCAGUCGCAGCUGGUGCAGCAUAUUCUGAACAGCCACCACACGGAGGCAAUCCUGCGCGAGUUCCUAACUCUGAUGGCAAUCUGUCACACGGUCAUACCGGAAAAGUCAGACAGCGGGGACAUCCAGUAUCACGCGGCAAGUCCGGACGAACGAGCGUUAGUUUACGGGGCGAAACGGUUUGGCUAUGUCUUUCACACCCGCACACCUUCCUACGUCGAGAUUGAAGCGCUCGGAGUGCAGGAACGUUUCGAGAUACUGAAUGUGCUCGAGUUCACCUCCACCCGCAAGCGGAUGUCGGUUAUCGCGAGGAACUCCAAGGGCGAGAUCAAACUGUACUGCAAAGGUGCGGAUACGGUCAUCUACGAACGGCUGGCUCCCAAUGGGCAAGCCUACCGCGAGGCUACCCUGCAGCAUCUGGAGGAGUUCGCAACCGAGGGCCUGAGGACGCUCUGUUGCGCGGUGUCUGUCAUUCCGGACGAUGUGUACGAGGAUUGGAAGCACACGUACCAUAAGGCGUCAACAUCGCUACAAUACCGCGAACAGAAGGUAGAGGAUGCGGCGAAUCUGAUCGAAACGAACCUGAUGCUGCUCGGUGCCACAGCCAUCGAGGACAAGCUACAGGACGGUGUACCUGAAACCAUUGCCUCGCUCAUCGAGGCCAAGAUCAACGUGUGGGUGCUGACGGGUGAUAAGCAGGAGACUGCGAUUAAUAUAGGCUACUCGUGUAAAUUAUUAUCACACGGCAUGGACUUAAUUAUUUUAAACGAAGAUAGUUUAGAUAACACAAGAAACUGCAUCCAGAGACACAUAGCGGAGUUCGGCGAUCAGCUGCGGAAGGAGAACAAUGUGGCGCUGAUAGUGGACGGCAAAACGUUAAAGUACGCACUGAGCUGUGAUCUGAGGACUGACUUUUUGGAUCUCUGCAUCUCCUGCAAGGCGGUCAUCUGCUGUCGGGUCUCGCCGAUUCAGAAGGCGGACGUUGUGGAUCUGGUUACCACCAACACCAAGUCGGUGACGCUAGCCAUCGGCGAUGGAGCGAACGAUGUGGCGAUGAUCCAGAAGGCACACGUCGGAGUGGGCAUUUCCGGCGUCGAGGGGCUGCAGGCAGCAUGCGCGUCAGAUUAUUCGAUAGCACAAUUCAGUUAUUUGCGGAAGCUGCUGCUGGUGCACGGUGCGUGGAACUACAGCCGAAUGUGCAAGCUGAUAUUAUAUAGCUUCUACAAGAACAUCUGUCUGUACGUGAUAGAGCUGUGGUUUGCCAUAUAUUCUGGAUGGUCUGGCCAAAUUUUGUUCGAACGAUGGACAAUCGGUUUAUACAAUGUGUUCUUCACUGCAUUGCCACCCUUUGCGAUGGGUCUCUUCGAUAAAGUGACCUCUGCGGAGCAGAUGUUAAAAGAACCAAGGCUGUACGAACCAUCCCAAAGUGCCCAACUAUUCAACGUAAAAGUAUUCUGGUACUGGAUCAUCAACGCUCUGGUCCACUCGGUUUUCUUAUACUGGCUGUCAAUGUUUUCCUACCAGGGGGACGUGAUCUGGGGGAACGGCCGCGACGGUGGUUAUUUAGUGUUAGGAAAUAUAGUUUAUACUUACGUAGUUGUAACGGUAUGUCUGAAGGCUGGUCUUGUGACGAACUCCUGGACGUGGCUGACGCAUUGCUCCAUCUGGGGCUCGAUGGUGCUGUGGUUUAUGUUUAUAUUUAUUUAUAGCAAUAUCUGGCCAAUGUUACCGGUGGGAGCGGUAUUCACCGGAAUGGACGAUAUGAUUUUCUCAUCGCCCGGAUUCUGGUUGGGAUUGUUCCUGAUUCCAACAACGGCAUUGUUGCCCGAUAUAGUAGCCAAAGUGAUAAAAAAUCGAAACAAAGAGGUGGCUCCACCACAUCCCAUGAAGGAAUCGCGCUCUUCCUCGAGUCCGGAGAUAUCGGUUACCUACGUAACCAUUGCGAUAUCGACGCACAUGAAAGUUGAAAAAUACAGAUUAACCGAAACCGCCCGGCUGCUGAGAAACGUUCGACGAGUCUUUACCGGCCGAUCGCACACAACCGAAAAUAAAGAACUAGAACUGAAGCAUGGUUUUGCUUUCUCGCAAGAGGAAGGCGGCAGCGUGACCCAAACCGAUGUCAUCAGAGCCUACGACACCAAUCUGCCCAAACCGGAUGGGAACUGAGAGUGCCGACCCGAUUUCUGCUACGAAAACUAUUUUCCCGUGUGCUGAAGCGGAAGCGCAAACGUCAACACCAUCAUAAAAACCACCACCACCACCACCACUACCACCUACAACUCCUGCAAGAGCGAUCAUAGCACUAGCAGCAGCAUCAGCAACAAUAUCGUUAUUAACUGAUCGCUAAUCGGAUCGAUCGUGGGCGAUCGGCCAUCGUACAAAACUGUACGACUGUUGGUAAAUUUGAAUCUUACUUGUGAGAAUGUUUGUGCAUAAGUGUAUGUAUGUCAAAAGUUUACAUUAUUUAUGAAGGUAUUUGUCAGUAAUGGAAAAACAAGAAACGCUGUUUAAAUGUGUAAGUGGCCAGGGUAUAUUUAUAGUAGAAGAUAAAUCGAGAAUAUUUAUUUUGUCAACCAAUAUGUGAAAGUAUUUAUAGUAAUUAGUGAUAGUAUUCUCAGUUGGCAUUAGAUAAGUGAGGCGCGAUCGAAUAUAUGUGGGUCGGUUUGAUGUUUCCCAAAGUCAAGACAAAACAGUCGAAAAAAUCAUAAAAGUAUUAUUUUUUUUUACUAAAAACAAACACAACUAAACAAAUUAUCAUGCGAAACUCUGACAUACACAACAAGCAACCACUUAGUAAUCUCAUUACUUCUGUUUUAUCUUUAGAGCGGAGAGUUCUCUGGCUUAACGCGCGAUUCAGUUUUCUACGCAAACAAGUUAACAUUUGACAAAAAAGAGGGGAGAAAACACUAGGAACAUUACUGCAACAAACAUAAACUUUACUGGCCAACAAAAGAAACAUUAGAAACGUUGUGAAGAUUGUUCAUGCCUUAAUAAUAAAAAUUACUAACAAAACUAUUGGAAGAUAUCCAUUAUACAUAGCGCUGAAACACAACCUCUGUCUCUCACAUAAAGUAAAGGAAAAAAACACAAACUCAAACUAUCAUUCUGUCAAACAAACAAACCAACAAAUAUCUGUUAGCUAUGUAAAACAACAACAGAAACAACAACAACAACACAAACUUAAAGGUCAGUAGAUGAUGAGAGGAUAAUCAUAGUUGUAGAAUCCAUCACAAACAGGUGGAAAAAUAUCUCGAUUCAAUCCGGUAACAGAGAUGGAUCACAUAACACAGAUUAAUCAACGUCGAUUCGGACACCGUCGAAUGGAGAAACAAAGAUGUUUAAUGUCUCAGUUAAUGUUUGCUAUUGGGAGAAUAAAAUCCAACUAUAGAGUAAAAAUCAUCUAAAUCAUCA